AUGGAUACCGGAGAGAUGUCUAUAGAUGCAGCGGAUCACAGCUCCAUAUCGACAACUGGAUCUAUUCCUAAAACUAUAAUCUCUGAUUCUGUUUCCAAAGCUACAUUUAGUUUUAUGGAAAAGCGCGAAAUGUACAGAGUAAUCUUAGACGAUAAAGACUGCACCCCAGAUGAUAUAGUGAAUUCUGAUUUUGUCACAAUGGAAGAUACAUUUUCUCAUGCCGCUUUCGAAACCAGAGUUCGCUCCAGAAGCACUGCCAAAGAUGCUGGUAAAUGCAAAUCUACCGCCGACACAGGAAUGAAAGUUUACGCCACCACGAUCUCCCUUGACGAUAUCCAUAUCGACCACACAAUCAAUACAGAGGUGGGAUUCGUUUAUGACGAUGUCGACUUAGAAGUGGCACCCUCAGCUUUUUAUCUGCCCAGAACAAUGCCAAUCAUGUCGUACCCACCUGAAAUUUUUGUGAUAUUGAAAGAAACUGAAACACAUUUUCUGUUCGAGUUACCGAGUUUCUCGUACGAGAAAGGAUCCGUUGAAGGCAACGCUGUGGAGGAAGAAAAUGAGUUCUAUCAGUAUAUAACAGUCGGUAAAGGAAAAAAUCGAAAAAUGGUGAACGAAGAAACACAAACAAAAGAACUUGUAACACAAACACGUCAUACACUUGCUACAAGGCCGCAGAAGAAAAACGCUAUCGUGUUUGCCUCUAUGUGGGAUAUGCACGAUACGUAUGCGAAGCUCGCGAUGAUAAAACCAAAGGAACUAAUUGACGAGAUGGUCAUGUACCAGUCUGCUGCACCCAAUUUAUUGCGUAAGAAAAAGGAAAAACAUUAUGAUGCUCAGUUUGAAAGCAGAGGCAAAACUUUCGACGAGAUAUCAACUUCUCCACAGUUCUUAGAUGCAGUCCUUUUAACAGAGCGAGUUCUGGCGACGUUAGAGUAUUCUGGUGCGCAAAAAAAGUUUCGCGGUCUCGUUAGGAUAAAUCCAUUGUCGUUAGAUUUGGUUUACGUUUACACAAUGAAACCUCUUUGGACCCUCGAAUGUACUGAUACAGAAAAUAGACCUAUUUCGAGCAUUUCAUUCAACCCCAAAAAUAAUAACAUUCUAGCAGUUGGAUAUGGAAAGUUUACGUAUGCCGAAAAUCAGACUGGAUUAAUAUGUAUAUGGUGUACAAAGAACCCAUGUAAACCUGAGCGGUUAUAUCGUUUCGAAGAUCCUAUUACGUCACUAGCUUUUUCAGAUAAAAACCCCAAUUGGUUAGCGUGUGGUUUUGCAAACGGCGAUGUAUUGAUACUAGACGUAACAUCUUACCCGAUAAAAACGAUUGCUUCAAGCAAACGCGACACUAAUCCAUGCUUCGAACCCAUUUGGACGACAAAUUGGCGGGCUCUCGACAAAGACAACGAAUAUGUUAUAACAACAUGCCAAGACGGCAGAAUUAAUAAGUUUACGAGCACGAAAACUCAUGCUUUUAUCUGCACGCCUUUAAUGCGUAUAUCUACCGUCGAGGGUAAAAUGAAAGGUUUAGAAGCACCAAAGCAGUGUCUCAAAGAGGACGUGCCGAUCACUAGGUACCCAGCAGCGCUGUGUAUGAAGUGGCACCCCAGAAUAGAUCAUAUCUAUUUCGUCGGGACUGAUGAAGGCUGUAUCCACAAGUGUUCGACACACUAUUUAAAUCAGCAUAUGGAUGUAUUCAGGGCGCACGCUGGUCCCGUGUACAGCAUGCAAUUCUCGCCAUUUAUCGAUACUCUGCUUGUUUCUUGUGGGGCCGAUAACGCUAUCAGACUUUGGAUAGAGGGUAUGGACGACGUUAUACUUACAAUGAAUUGUCCAGCCGCCGUGUACGAUGUAGCAUUUUGUCCAGUAAGCUCUACCAUUAUUAUAUCGGCGAGCGGUAACGUGCUAUCCAUUUGGGACCUUCGAAGAAAAACGCACAUGCCAUGUGCAGAAUACACUUUCCCCAGUAAUGUAGUGUUAACAUUCAUACAAUUUACACCAUCCGGUGACAACGUGUUUGUUGGAGAUUCGAUGGGACGUAUUCAUACGUUCCACUUAGAAGACACGCCGAUACCUCCAUUCUACCAGAAAAAACUGUUGGACGAGACAAUAAAAAAGGCUCUGUGCACUCGGCCACAAAUGUUGAAGCAAUUAGAGAAACUAGAGAAGUUUAGACAGAAAUUUGGUCAAUAG